GAGAGAGAGAGAGAGAGAGAGAGAGAGAGUCGAUGUGAGGAGGGUUUGGUGGUGGAAACUUUACAGUAUCUACAGUAGAGAUCAACUGUAAGCGCUUCAUCUCGCGGUCGGGCUGUAUAUGGAGGAGACAGACAGCGGAUGAUCCAGCGUGUGUCUCUGAAAGUGGGUCGUCAUGUCCCAGAUGCUACACAUGGAGAUCCCAAACUUUGGCAGUACGGUGUUGGGCUCGCUGAACGAGCAGCGUUUGAACGGGCAGUACUGCGACGUCUCCAUCCUGGUGAAGGGUCAGACCUUCAAAGCCCAUCGGGCAGUGCUGGCGGCCAGCAGUCUGUAUUUCCGUGACCUGUUCAACGGCAGCACCAAAGUCCAGUUCGAGUUGCCCUCGUCCGUCACGCCCGCCUGUUUCCAGCAGAUUCUCUCUUUCUGCUACACGGGCAAACUCACCAUGGCGGCCAGCGAGCAGCUGGUGAUCAUGUACACCGCCGGUUAUCUUCAGAUUCAGCACAUUGUAGAGCGGGGCAUGGACCUCAUGUUUAAAGCCAACUCGCCCCACUGCGACUCGGCCACGGCUGCCAUGGACGACCCGGGCUCGGAACCUCAGAGUCCCGGGAACAACCCCGCGUCCGUGCUGGGACCGUUGGGCUGGUCCCCCGCGCUGUCUCGCAGAAUCAAGCUGGAGGGUUCGGAGCCGCCGGCGAACCUCGUCGGGUCUAAAAGAUCCAUUAACGGCGACGGUGGCCGUUCGGCAAGGGGCGGUCCGGUGUUCUACUCUGGAGCGACGGGCUUAUUUACACCUGCGUAUCCCGGAGAGCGUUCCAGUCCGGGAGCGUCCAGCCUUCCGACCACUGACAGUCCGACAUCGUAUCAGAAUGAAGAUGAUGACUUUGAGGAAGAGUCGUUUGAUACAGAGGAGACCUACAGUCAGCUGUGUGCCCGCUCCAAUAACUCUUACAGCGGUACAGAGAAAUCCGACAUGGGUAUGAUGCCGCUACAGCUGGAGAACCGUUCCUGUGUUCUGAUUCGUCGGGAUCUGGUGGCUCUUCCCGCCAGUCUCAUCAGUCAGAUCGGCUACAGAUGUCAUCCUAAACUCUACACAGAAGGCGACCCCGGAGAGAAACUAGAACUGGUGGGAGGUACUGGUGUGCUCAUGACAAGAGGACAGUUGAUGAAUUGUCAUCUAUGUGCUGGAAUCAAACACAAGGUUCUCCUCAGGCGACUCCUCGCAACAUUUUUCGACAGAAACACAUUAGCAAACAGUUGUGGGACGGGGAUUCGAUCUUCAACCAGUGACCCCAGCAGAAAACCUCUGGACAGUCGAGUCCUCAAUGCUGUCAAACUUUACUGUCAGAACUUUGCACCCAACUUUAAGGAGAGCGAGAUGAACGUCAUCGCAGCCGACAUGUGUACGAACGCUCGGCGUGUACGGAAACGCUGGCUUCCCAAGAUCAAGUCCAUGCUGCCUGAUGGGAUGGAAGUGUAUCAGGGCUCAUCUGUGCCGGCGGGUGUGGCUUUGCCCAUCGGCAUUCAGAUGCCCUAUGAGUCUGACUUUAAGAACCUGCUGCCGUCAGCACUGACUCUGGAGCAGCGGAUCUACGCCGAACGCAAAGAUCAAAUGAGAACUCACUCGCUGCUGGACGCCGACGCCGCUGAGGAGACCCUGAUGAGUCCUCAGACCAAGGAUGAGCCGGAGGAGGACGAGGAGGAGAGCAACGGCACAGAGGGGACUUUAGGAGCGCCUCUUGACCUGCCCAGAGUCGAGGGCGGAGUCUGUGUGACCACACCCCCUGUGGGGCAGCAGCAGGAGGAGGAGUUUGUGGAGGGUUUGAGAAUAAACGGGCAGUAAGUGGCCGGUUUCUCUCGGUACAUAUCUGCCAUGUGAAUACUUACUGAAGGGAAUUCUGGGAAAUGUUCAGUGUAUUUGGAAAGGCAAACAAACAUCGCUUAAGAGAAUACUGCACUAAUGCAUGUGCUAUGACCUGUUAAACUAAUGUUUCAACUAAACACCCUCGGUGAAAAACAACAGAAAUGAUCUGAAGAACAGAAGUCUUGUGAUGACCUUCAUUAUGAAACUCUUCAUGUUUCUGUUCUGUUCUCGAUAUCACUUUGGCACAAAUAUAGCACCAGAAUGAAUCUGAUGAUAACAGGUCCAGGUGACAUGUCAAUUGUGAUUUUCAUCGUACGGACAAAUGUAUGACAUCAGACUGUGUGAUAUUUCACCAAUCCCUCUCAUGCUGACGCUGUAACUGCUGGACUGAGCGAGCGCUCACUUUAACCGCCUGCAGGUAAAAAUACACAAACAUAUAGCUGUAAUAAAAUCCACAUCCUUCCUCUGCCAAAUAAAAUGCAAACCUUCUACUGUUCAUGAUAUAAAUAACUGUGAUUGGCUGUGGUGAGACAGUUGCUCGUUGUGAUGCUUUUAGUCUGUAAUGUAGCAUCUGAGGCGUUUCCUCUUUCUGAUUGGUUGAUUCUGAUGACAAACAGCAUCACUGAGUAAUGUUGAUCCUUUUGGAGGGAACUCGCGCUGCGUCGCCGUAGUGAUGCUUUGGGAACGGCGGGGUGGCGUGGGAGCCAGGAAAUAUAAAAGGUGACCUGAAAAAUGCCCUCUCUAUCUGAAAUAUUGCCAAAGACGGCUUAACAGGGAUGCAGGAAGUAUGGCAAGGGAGACGCAGCGCCUCGUUCUCUUCUCAGGGAACAAGCGUUACAUACCUAAUCCGAGAUGUUUUUAUCAAAUACUUUACUCUGUGAUUUCUGUUUCUUUACUUACACAAAUGUUUAUUUGCCCAUUGUUAUAUUGAUCUGCUCUCUGAAAGUUUUAAACAGGAUAAUAUCAGUUUAAGUGUCUAACCAUAGCAUUAAAGGUGCAGUGUGUAACUUUUAAAAGGAUCUUUUGACAGAAAUGCAAUAUAAUCUUAAUAACUAUUUUAUCAGUGGUGUAUAAAGACCGUACAUAAUGAACUCUAUUGUUUUUAUUACCUUACAAUGAGACGUUUUUAUCUCCAUACACCGCACGUCCCCUUACAUGGAAGUCACCGUCAUGUUUCUACAGUAGCCCUAAACGGACAAACUGCUCUACAGAGAGUGUUUAGUCCCUAUGUUGUCUCAGACGAUGAUGUGUUUGUCCUGUGGCGGCUACCGUAUGUCUUUUGAAAUUGAGGGGUGAGCUGUUGGUUGCAAUUUACAAUCUCACCACUAGAUGCCGCUAAAAUUUACACACAGCACCUUUAAACUACAGGGUAACUGCACAUGAAUCUCACAAAAACAUGUUUCAAGAGUUUUUACAGUGACUUUGAGUUUCUUAUGUACUAAAAGAGAAAACAUCAAUGAUAAUCAUCAAUACAAGAAACACUAUGACUUAUAUUUCACAGUGAUGUGGUGAAAUAUGACUUUAACCAUCAUUUUUAAUGACAAAAAUAAUAUUUGAGAAUGAAUUUGUUGAUAUUAAAUGAGUAAAUGCCAGGUGUACUGUAGAAAUAAAAGAGUCUGAAUCUUCAGAUAGAUUGAGUCUAACAGUGUUUUACAGAAGUUACAUUUCAUUGAUGAGAUGAUAUGAAUGAUAUUUAUUUGCACUAUUGUUCCCUUUAUGUCAUGUUUAUGUGAUUUUAUUAUUUGAAUUGGAUUGGAUCAAAUGGAUGUUAUUGUGUUGCACUAGGACAUGUUUGUCAGUGUUGUGUAUAUUUACUUCUUCAAUUUUUGACAAAACUAAACAUGAUAAAACAACUACAAAACAACACUAGACGACACAGAAAUGAAUGUUUUUGGCCUCUAAAAGAAUCUUUAAGGUCGUCUUAUGCCCACUUCAGAAAUCCCCAGCGAUAUACACGACUGUCUGUUUUUAUAUUAAACCCUAAAACCCAAUCAGAAGUUCAUCUCAAAUGUGUUUUCAGACAAAUACAGUGAUGGGAAAUAUUACAGAGGAGAAUGGAUUCAUGGUGAAUCUCAGUAAUAUUUGAUGAUUUUUAUUCGAUUUUGAGGUUGAAAAUGUAUUGUGCCUUAUUGUGAAGAGUGGAUUACUGUAAUCACUACAGAUUGUGAGAAAAACUUCAUUAUGGAUCAUUUGUGCAGACAGUGUAAGAAAUUAUGCAAAAUGUUUUAUGCAGUUUGCUUUCUGUUUUAGUUCAACUGUUUGUUUUUUGUAAACAUCACGAUGAGAACAGAAACUUUAAAGGGGACAUAUCAUGAAAAUCUGACUUUUACCAUGUUUAAGUGCUAUUAUUGGGUCAACCCAGUAACUUAGUUUUGGUAAACCAUUCUCUGCAAGCAUGUGAAAAAAUAGAUCAUUGAAAUUUGGCUCCCCUUGUGAUGUCAGAAGGGGAUCUUAUCAUAAUAAUACCGCCCCUUAAUCUGCACUAUCCAAUCACGGCUCUGCCAUUUAGUGCAGAAAGAAAAUAAUUGACAGGACAAUUGAGUUUCAAUUUCAACAAAUUGUGUUUUCAUUAUCAGCUCAUUUGCAUUUUAAAGGACACACACAAAAACAGCACAUUUUUGGUCACACCUACAAAGUGUCAAUUUUAACAUCUUAUAAGAAAUAAUCUGUGGGGUAUUUUGAGCUAAAACUUCACAUAUGUACUCUGGAGACACCAAAGAUUUAUUUGACAUCUUAAAAGUCUUGUAAAAUGUCCCAUUUAAAGAAGUCUUUUGUGAUUUAAGUUGUUAUAUUUAACAUUUAUUUAGAGCAUUAGUAAUAAAGUAGACUGUUAGAAAUAAUCAUUCACUAACACCCAGAUCAGUUUUAACUGGCAUGAUUACCCAGAAUCCUCUGUUUUCUUUUAAAACUGAAUUCUUACUGAAUGUUGCACUAUACUGUAGAUAUACUGAGGAUCUCAGAGACCUGUCGAGUCCAAAGCUGUUUUUUACAGCUGAAAUCUCUAAAUGUACGUAACCUGUUAACUUAUACAGUAGAUCGAUGUGUUUAUUAUAGAUGUUACUCCUUCAAUAAGGCCUUGUGUUAUUCAAAUAACAGAACAUUGCUUUUGCACAAUUGUGAAAUAUUGAUGUCUGUAAAGGAGAGAGAGAGAGACGAGUAUGUUUUUUUUUUCAGGCCCUGACUGAUCUGGGGUCUGUUUAUGUAUCUUUAAGAAAACCAAAUUCUUUAUCUAAAUAUCAAAUGCAAACUUCUGUCAACCUGACGUAUUAUUAACUCUUCAUUUCCAUUACUGAUCACACUAAUGACCAUUGAGUGUCAAGAUAUCACAACAAUUACAUGUUCAUAUGCUGAACCUCAUUAAGAAGGUCAAAGGUCAUAUUUUACUGCAAAAUUAUCAUUUAAGCCUAUUUGCUCCGUUAAAAUAAUUAAAAUUACAGUAUUAGAAUUGACAAUGCAAGAAAAAAUUGUAUUGGUCUUCUUAAUUGAUUUAUUUUUUGCAGUAAAAUGUGAUCUGUGUGAGGUUUAUGAGACAUCCAGCAGAUUAUCUAUUAAAUCUUGAGAUUGUAGUGUAAUUUGAUUUUCUUCAGAUGCUGUGCAACCAAACCAUGAUUGAGAUUCUUCUGCACACGCCUGUAACUGCAUGCUGACUUCUCUAUAACACGUGCGAUUCAAUGAACAACUCCUGCAGGAGGGAAGAUGAACUUGUGUGCACUACGUUCAUGUGAUUUAUUCUGUGUAUAUAAUAGCAGCACUUUAAACGCCUCACAGUUUGUGUGCAGGUUGCUUUAUUACGCUCAGCACAGACAAUCAGAAGUAAGGCAUGUUUUCAAACGCUCGCCGUAUUUCAGCUUGGCUUUCUCUCUGUCGCCUGAGCUAUUUAGUGUUUUAUUGUUUUAUCAUUAAUAUCUGACUGAAUUCAUGUGGAGGCCACGACUCUAACAUGUGAUUGAUAUUUUAUUCAAGCUUUGGCCUGCGUUUUUUUAUAACACAAACACAUAACUGAACUCUUUAUAUGCUUCUCUGUUAUUGAAAUCAAAUCUCCUACAAGAUCUCAAUGUCAUUGUUAGAAAUCAAUUUUUUCUCAUUCUGGGUUUAUUUCAGUUUUUGGACUGACAUUGUGUUUGUGUGUAAAGCUGAUUUCUUUUGAAAUGUCUGCUUUUUAAUAAAAUUCAAUAUUUCACACGA